UCCAGCUAAACCUGUUUGCCCGUCUUCAAGACCCGCCAUAUUGUCAGCCUCAAAGAGCCAAGAGGCCUGACAGAAGCAGCAACACAUUUUAAUAAUGUCUGGCCCGGUCACCAGCCGCUCCCGGGUUUACCCAGAUGUCAACACACAGAGACCUCGGGAGUACUGGGACUACGAAUCGCAUGUUGUGGAGUGGGGGAACCAAGAUGACUACCAGCUUGUUCGUAAACUAGGGCGUGGCAAAUACAGUGAAGUUUUUGAAGCUAUCAAUAUCACAAACAAUGAGAAAGUAGUUGUUAAAAUACUCAAACCAGUAAAGAAGAAGAAAAUAAAACGAGAAAUAAAGAUCUUAGAGAAUCUGCGAGGUGGCCCAAACAUCAUCACACUUUUAGACAUUGUGAAGGAUCCAGUGGACUGGCAGCAAAUUCAGCCCAAGACAGACCCUUUGAUGAUAAAAGAAGUUUCCAACGCUCCCAAAACUUCAUCACUGGAUCUACAGUCUCGAACACCUGCUCUGGUUUUUGAACAUGUUAACAACACAGACUUUAAGCAAUUGUAUCAAACACUAUCAGACUACGACAUCCGAUUCUACAUGUAUGAGAUCUUAAAGGCCUUGGACUACUGCCACAGUAUGGGAAUCAUGCACAGAGAUGUCAAGCCCCAUAACAUCAUGAUUGAUCAUGAGCACAGAAAGCUUCGUCUGAUAGACUGGGGCCUGGCUGAAUUCUACCACCCAAGUCAGGAGUACAAUGUCAGAGUGGCUUCCCGAUACUUUAAAGGACCUGAACUGCUUGUUGAUUACCAGAUGUAUGACUACAGCUUAGAUAUGUGGAGUUUAGGCUGCAUGUUGGCCAGUAUGAUUUUCAGGAAAGAACCAUUCUUCCAUGGACAUGACAAUUACGAUCAGCUUGUACGAAUUGCCAAAGUUCUGGGCACAGAAGACCUAUAUGAUUAUAUUGACAAAUACAACAUAGAACUUGAUCCACGGUUCAAUGACAUCUUGGGCAGACAUUCCAGAAAGAGGUGGGAGAGGUUUGUGCACAGUGAGAACCAGCAUCUGGUCAGUACUGAAGCCCUGGACUUUCUGGACAAACUUCUGCGCUAUGACCAUCAAGCUCGCCUCACAGCCCGGGAGGCCAUGGAGCACCCAUACUUCUAUCCCAUAGUAAAAGAUCAGGCAAGGAUGGGCUCUACAUCAGGGCUGUCCACUGGUUCCACUCCUGUUAGCACCUCCAGCAUGAUGACUGGAGGGAUCACAUCCAUGUCAUCGUCGCAACCUAUGGCCAACAUGACCGCUUCUCCUGUCAUCCCCUCGUCCAGUGCUUUGGCCACACAAGUCACCGCUGCUGCUGGCGCACAACCAUGAUGAGGAUUAGCGCACUCAACUCCGUUUCAAGCCCUUAUUUUUACUUUUAUUACAACAUACCAAGCAGAGACAGAAUUGGAUUUUGGGUUUGUUUUUUUUUGUUUGUUUGUUUCCAUCCAGUACUUAUAUAUUGAGUUCGGGCACAAAGCAGACAGUGUCCGGCUGAAACUGUGGCUGCUGUAUUUUAUGAUGGUGUCUAGAGAAGCAACUACACUGUAGAAAUUAAGAAAAAAAGGAUAAUAAAAUUAAUUUUAUAUGUCCCUAA